AUGACGGAAGCACUUUUUAACGGGAUCAGCACGAGCUGGAGUUACCUCACAGAUUUGAUUCUGACCGACUCGGCGGUAGGGUUCGGAAGCGGAUGCGAAGGAAGUGGGCAGUGUGCAAGGAGCAAGGAGCAAACGCAGCGAGGCGCGCAAUCUUAUCUACUUGAGGUGUUACUUUUUGCAGCCGUAAUCCAAUUGUGGGCGAUGUCGAUAACAAAGAACGGGAACAGUCCAGACAGCAACGGUCACAGCAACGGAUACACCAACGGAGCCAUGCAGUAUUAUCAGGCGGGGGCCGCCGGGGGCGCUCCUUACGGGUACUACUAUGAUGUAGCCCAAGCCUACCAGCCGGGAGACGCGGCAGUGCCCAGCAGUCAGAACGAAACGGGCGGCUUCGCUCAAGGCGACUCUCAGGAAGCACGGAGCCAGGGCGCCUUUCCGACCAGCCCCGUCUACAUGCAGCGGUUUCCUGGCUUCCAGCAGGGCCAGGAGUACCAGAACUUCGGAGGGGAGAGGCAACCCGUCUACGGGAGCCCCCAAAACUUUGCGUAUGCGCAAGGGGGCGUCUACCAGGAUCCUAGCCAGUUCAUGGGCUCCACAUUAGGCCCGCAGUCGAAUCCCCUAGGAUCGUCCUCAAACGCUGACGUCAUCGGGCGCCAGCAAAACAUGAUGGGGGGCGCUAUGAGCGCCGCCCAGACGAUGCCCAUGCUCGCGGGGGGGGUGUAUCAAAUGGGGUUGAAUAGGGGGGGUAUUCCGGUGGUUUCCGUGAACGACCAGACGUUUGCGCAGAUGGGGCCACGCGGCGUCGGGGCGUUGAGCUGGGCUGACGUGGCCAAGGUGGCGUCCGAGCACCAGGCGUCCGUCAGUGGCACGAUGCCCCAAUUGUCUCCAGUCAUGCAGCCCAAGGUCCUUUCCCCCGGCCAGCCUUUCGCCCUCACCCCGACCGCCCUUCCGCCCAUGUUCGCUCUCAACGGCCAGCCGCGGUUCGUACCGGGCAACCUUCCAAUGUACGGCCGCGGCUUCCCCCCCCCCUACCAACUACUCACCCUCUCCAGCCAGUCGUUCCCCGCUCGGGGGGGUCGAGGGUUCAAGGGUUUUACGGGGCCGCGGGGGCGGGGUUUCGGCUUCCCCGCGCGAGGGGGGUUCGAUUCGGUCCUAAAUCAGCGGUACGAGUCGGGAAACGAACGGGGGCCACGCGCGCAGAGAGUGCGGUUCGGCGCGCCAGGGGGGGGCGAGGAGGAUCUGUCCCUUGAGGGGGGGAGGGAGCAGUUCAACAGGGAGGACUUCGACGUUGCCCCACUCUCCGCGAAGUUUUUCGUGAUCAAGAGUUACUCCGAGGAUGACGUGCACAAGAGCAUUAAGUAUGGGGUCUGGGCUAGCACGCCGAACGGGAACAAGCGCCUUCAGGCGGCGUUCCGCGAGGCGCGAGAAACGGAAACCGGGCGCGUGUUCCUGCUGUUCAGCGUGAAUGCGAGCGGGCAGUUCUGCGGUGUGGCGGAAAUGACCGGUGACGUCGACUUCGACAAGUCUUUGGACGUCUGGCAGCAAGACAAGUGGAACGGGCAAUUCAAGGUCCAAUGGCAUUUUGUCAAGGAUGUCCCGAACGGCCAGUUCCGUCACAUCAUCCUGGCAAACAACGAGAACAAGCCGGUGACCAACAGCCGUGACACCCAGGAGGUUCCGUACGAUCAAGGGGUGGAGGUGCUGACGAUCUUCAAGGCAUUUGCGGCCAAGACGUCCAUUCUGGACGACUUUGCGUUCUACGACAAUCGCCAGAAGCAGCUGCAGGAGCGGCGCGAGAAGACCAAGCAGAGCCGUAACCAGCGGCGCCAAAAGGCGGCGCCCGGGAUGAGAGGGGACGAUGACGAGCGGAACACAAGUUCGACAACGGAUUUGACGGAGUCCGGUAGCGAGCCGGCUGCGGAAGAAGCUCCGCGGCCUUCGGAGGAUGAAUCUUUAGAGGAACGGUUGGCGGGCCUUGCAGUGACGAGUCGCCCGCAGGAGGAGACGGAACUUUAGAGGGUUUUGAGCGGAGCGCUUUUCGAACUCCUGUGUAGUAUAUGUGCGUAGGGAUGAUGUCAGUAGGGGCAGUGCAAGCAAGGCCAACGUCAGCCGCUAGAAAUGUUAACACAUGGCACCCACGUGGCGCGGCCACGUGGCAGAACGGUGGGGCUCACCGGACAGGGGAAAAGUUGCUAGGUCCAGCGCUCGCACAGAUCCGAGACGAGAUGCGGAGAUCUUAUUCCGCCCGGCGGAAGGGCGUUUCGUUGGUAUAGCGGAUCAACGAACGGAAUCGCUCCGGCCGGCAUUCCAGACUACCGGGGUUUAGGCGCGCGCGAUCAGGGCGCAGAGCUUUGCCCGUUUUGGGCCGAAAGCGUGUGUUUGGCCUAGGGCGCGCGUGCGCGUUUGCGGCCGCGUAUUGUGCACAGGGGCUCGUAU